AUGAUUGAAACUCGUGUAGUGCACCCUGCUCUUGCUCACCACGGCAAGGACCUUGAGGGCCUUGUCGAUCAUAGCUUGAGGGUCGUCGCCCGCCGCGAGACUGCUGCUACUAAGCAGAAGAAGCAGAAGAAGCAGAAGAAGCAGAAGAAGCAGAAGAAGCAGAAGAAGCAGAAGAAGCAGAAGAAGCAGAAGAAGCAGAAGAAGCAGAAGAAGCAGAAGAAGCAGAAGAAGCAGAAGAAGCAGAAGAAGCAGAAGAAG